ACUUCGACCGUGAAAAUGGAUCGAAAUUUUAACAGUGAUGCUUGAAUUUUAGCGGUUAGAGGCAAUUUAAACAAAAACAAAUGGCGGGAUUUUUGGAAUUAUUUAGAAAGUGCGUCAGAACUUCGCAAUGAAACAAGUUCUAUAUAUUGCGAUUCUAUGGUUUGUCUUCCUUUCAUCUAACUACUCAAUUUGUAAACGUCUUCGAAAGAGAUCUGUGGGAAAGUCAUCUCGUUCCGUGAUAGGCUUUCAUCCAAAGCGUAGAAAGGAUUUAACUUAUCCCUAUCGAAAAAGCCAGCUUUUAACCGACAAAGUGCUGAAAUAUGAAAAAGAAAAUAUUGUGGAAGCUUACGCGCAAGAGUCGGAACGAUUCAAACGUGGAAACAAUGAUAACGCGUCGACUGUGAAAGCUUCCCAUGCAUCGUUAUUACCGCAACCAGCGAAGCCAUUGCGCGUGGUUGCAACUUCUGCUGUGAUAAAAAACCGACUCAAAAAGGCAAAACCUCUGAAGGCUAUUCACAUAUGGGGUCCAACACCUUUCAAAACAGUGUUGGAAAACCUUCGGAAGUUGAACGGGAAUCUUCAAAAGCAAAGAGGAGCUGUUAAAAGAUUAUUUCUACCAGUUCAGCUUCAACGAAAACAACUGUUGGAUGCUUUGAACAGUAGACCGCCCCUUCCAGAGCCAACAGGGCCUUUUAUACAGCGACUUCCCCCUUUUAACCCGGAGUUUUCGGAUGUGUCUCCUCCGAUACAUCCCCCUGAUGCCAUCCAUCUUGAAGAAGGACCUCCUCCUGCUUCUCUCGCACCAGGUCCUUUGGGAAUUGGUCCUCCACCGUUACCAUUUCCACCACAGCCUGUUUCCCAUUUACACGAGAUGGAACCUGUGCACCUACAAGAGGAAACCCCAGACCACGCGUUCCUACAUUCCCCCGACUUUGCACCAGUUCCUGACAUAGUUCCCAUGCAUGAGAGUGGUCCAGUACCUCCUUUCCCCACCACUAUCGUUCCACCACCAGACGAGUUUCCUGCUAAUUUCGGACCGCCUGAUAUACCUGCGAAUCUUCCACAGAACUUUGAGCCACCACCAGGUUUCUUUGAACCGCAAUUUCCCUUUCAGAUGGCUGGAGAAAUUCGUCAACAGGUGAAUCGUCACGUCCAUAAAGGUGUUUCAAAAGCGAAGUGUAGUCCUAAUCCGUGCAGGAACGAUGGUGUAUGUACAGCUUUUGAAAAGCAUUAUGAGUGCGCGUGCCCGAUGGGAUUCAUGGGAAAGGAUUGUGAAGAGGUGAACCACUGCCUCCCAAAUCCGUGUAAAAAUGGAGGAAACUGUUAUGCAACGACAAGCGGCUACCACUGCACAUGUGUCAAAGGAUUCAAAGGACCGAACUGUGAUAUCAGUAGUAAGUGCAUUCCCAGUCCAUGUAAGAAUGGUGGCACGUGUGAGGAGAACGGGGGUUCCUACAAGUGUCUUUGCCUCCCUGGAUUUGAAGGCAGCAAUUGUGAAGCUGCAGACCAUUGUGCCAUUGGAAACCCUUGUAAAAAUGGCGGAACGUGCUUAAAUGGAGAAAAGAGGUUUGAGUGUCACUGCUUGCCAGGCUUUCAUGGCUCAGAUUGUGGAGAUUUGGACAUGUGCUACUCGAAUCCAUGUCAAAAUUCUGGAACUUGCCACAACACAGGUGCUGGGCAGUUCAUGUGUUUAUGUCCUGCGCUGUUCAGAGGAAUCACGUGUGAUGAAAAAGUUUCCAAAUGUGAAUCUCAACCAUGUCAGAAUGAAGGAACAUGUGAAGAGGAUGAGGAAGAAGGCUAUCACUGUAUUUGCUCCAGCAUGUAUCAGGGAAAGCACUGCGAAGUUCCUACAGAAUUACAAAGUUCCUGCUUCAGUAAUCCUUGUGUGAAUGGAGGAAAAUGUGUUCCUAUGGAAAACACAUAUAAAUGCAUUUGUAGAAGUGGAUUUACAGGAGACACAUGUGAAGGCUCAGUCAAAAUGACGGCCGUUCCUAUGUUGUGCACCGACUGUCAUGCGCACGCCAGAUGUCUCGAUGGGAAAUGUGUUUGCGAGGAGGGAUACGACGGAAACGGCAAUGUAUGUGAAGUGUUAAAAGUGACGGAGAUCAGUGGUCACACACCCACCGCGCUACCUUCUGGUAUUUACGUGAAUACAGGCUCGCCCCUGAGUAAUGUUUGUCAUCCUAAUCCUUGUUAUAAUGGUGGCUCUUGUCGCGAAACAGUAAAAGGAUUUACAUGUGAUUGCACUGAGCAUUACAAGGGGCCACUAUGUAAACACGUCAGCCCUUGCCUAGGAAAUCCCUGUGAGAAUGGUGGGACAUGCAUUGAGGGGGGAGUUUCAGGCGGCUAUAUAUGCAGGUGCAGAGAGGGGUACAAUGGCGAGAACUGUGAAGAAGCCAGUGCCUGCGAGCCAAAUCCUUGUAAAAAUGGGGGUACCUGCCACUUGAAGGCCAAGUCCUAUGUUUGUCAGUGUACCGAACGGUUUGAAGGCUUCACUUGUGCAGAGGAUAAAUGUGCAAGAUGCGAUGUCCAUGCCCAUUGUGAAAAUGGGAAGUGUGUUUGUGAUGGGAGUUAUUACGGGGCAGGGACUCUGGGAGAAUGCUUCCGUGUCGGAGCUUCAAAUCCAAGAUUCUGUGUUCCAAAUCCCUGCCAACAUGGUGGAUCUUGUUUCGAAGAGGCAAACGGUCACAGAUGUGUCUGCACGUCUGACUACGAUGGAGAAAACUGUGAGCUAUCCUCCGGAGCAGCUCCGCCUUCGCACAAAAUACCGGACCCCUGCGCAGGCGAGCCUUGUAAAAACGGAGGGAGCUGUGUUCCAAAAGGGAACAAAUUUCAAUGUUUGUGUUCCACGGGAUUUGAAGGGCCAACGUGUGAGGUGGCAGCAAAGUCAUAUUGCCAUCCCAAUCCCUGCUUGCAUGGAGGAAAAUGCACUGACCGCAAAAGUGGAUACACUUGUAAAUGCAUCGGCUCCUAUAGAGGGGUUAAUUGUGAAGUGGAUGACUGUGAACAAUGUGAUAUACACGCCAUAUGUGUUCAGGGAGCUUGCAAAUGCAGAGUAGGGUUCAAAGGUGAUGGCUUUGAAUGCAAAAAGGUUAAACGUUGCCAUCAUUGCAGCCCCAAUGCAACUUGCAUAAACAAUGAAUGCGUUUGCAAGAUUGGAUUUAUUGGUAACGGCCAGCAGUGCCACGAGGAUGACUGCCAAGGCUGCCCACCUCACUCUCAAUGUCACCGUGGAAUCUGCAUUUGCAUACCUGGGUUUGUUUUUGACGGCCACCAUUGUGUUGCCAAAUUACAAAAGCCGGAACCAGCGAGCUGUCCUGCAGGAUGUGGAAAAGAUUUAACGUGUCUGAAAACGUGUCCAAGCAAAUGCUGUAGGACCUCUAAAGAGCACCCAGCAUGUCCAGAUCAUUGCAAUCUAAUUUGUGGACCAGCUUGCCCUGACCAUUGCUGCCCUCAAACUCUCAAUCCUCUUUUAUCGUCUGAUCAUCUCGUUUGUCCACCUAAAUGUCACAUAAACUGUCAUCAGUCAUGUCCUGUUCAUUGUUGCAAAGUUGUCUCGCCUAAAACAUGUCCAAGUCAAUGUCAGACCAGCUGUGCGCCAUCAUGUCCCAGUAACUGCUGUGCACCACAAUAUUUACCGACGGUUGCGCCUGCACAACUUGCUUGUCACUCGAUUUGCAAAACAACUUGUCUUCCAACUUGUCCGAAGCACUGCUGCGUAAUCAAAUUAUUUCCACUUUCACUUUGCCCCGAUCACUGUCAGGACACAUGUGAUAGAUCUUGCCCUUCAUUUUGUUGUUCAAUGCCACAACCUUCAACACAACAGCCGACUUCAGCUCCUCAAAUAUGCCCUUCCACUUGCAGUACCAGCUGUUUACCACAGUGUCCAAAAUUUUGCUGCAAGAUAUUGAUUUCACCGUUGAAUAGCUGUCCGAGUACUUGUAUUGAUAAUUGCCUUCCAAGCUGUCCCAAAAAUUGUUGCGAGGCUCCAUACCUUCCGAUAAAAUUGCCAUGGUCGUCAUCGGAUGCGUGCCCAUCGCAAUGCUCUUAUCACUGUGACAGCUCCUGCCCCUUAAAGUGUUGUUUAGGAGCAACAGAUCAUCCACUUUACCUACCUCAACCAUCGUCACAGACUCCAAUCGGUAACGGGACAGCUUUUCAAGGGUCUUACCUUUCAAUACCCCCUCAUAUGACGAAACAAUGCCCAGCUAUUUGUUUGUCAUCGUGUGCUCCUACAUGCCCCAUUUAUUGUUGUCAACGUCAAGGCGUAUCUCCGUUCUUGGUGAAAUCACCCGAAGAAACAGUUCCACCACUUGGGAGAUCUCUAAAGAAUAUUGACGCAGACUACAAAGCAAAAAUGGUGCAUCAUUUAUCUGAAUUGUUAUCUAGUCCUCUUCUGCAGUGUCAGCCCGCUUGUUUCUCAGAAUGCUCAGAAGCCUGUCCGAAAACGUGCUGUGACAUAAGGAAAAAAAAGAAAAUGUACGUUUUUAGACGAAAAAAGAAAGCACAUAUCAGUAGACCCUCCAUAGGGAAAAAAGGGGAUAAAAAAAAUGGAAAUCGUCCGAAAGAUAGGAAUAAAAAGAAACACAAAACACUAUUUUAAAGCUCAUGCUAACAAUUUUGAGCUUUUAUACGCUUAAUUAGUUUUGAUAAGGGACGUCGUAUUGUAGAAAGUUGUAAAUGUACGUUUUAAAUAUAUAUUCAUAUUGCUCCUCAUUUCCUUAAGUUAAUUUACUCUUGAAAUGUAUUGAACAAAUUCUUUGGAACAGCUUUGCCCUUUUUUUUUUACUGUCUCCCUAUUUGACUUUCUAUUGGCUUAGUGUUUGCUAAAAUACUUGAAAACCCAGUACUGUCCCAGUUCUGUCUCAAGUCAGAGACAACUUUGACACUCGAGGAAGAGUGCAUUUCGAUUGUGUCGAAAAUCAAAACCAAAGUAAUCCAUCAGCUAAUCAAGGCAAAGGGAAAAUCCAAAAGGAGUCAAUAGCUGGGAUUACACUGAGCUCCUGCCCAAGGUUUCCCAAAGGAUCAUUGGCUUCGUUUGGGAUCAGAUUAGGUUUCCGUUGUGGUAAAAUUUUCCGGUUGUACUGAAAAUAGUUACCUGGGUUCAACCCUUAAUCUAAUUUAUCAUGGAUCCCGAACUGCUAAACGUAUAGUCUGCCUGCGGUAGCCUUUUUGCUUCUCUUAGAACGAUGUCCGAUUGUUUUAGCGAUCCAGCAGUUUGUUUUAAGAAGAAUGCGUAGAAUGCGUAGGAAUACUGAGCGUACGUGAUUCGGUUGUUAUUUUGCUUUAUUCAGCGGAUUUAUGCAUUUGAUUUAAGUGAAUCGUUGUUCAUGUAAUAAAAAGAGUUUACAGUUCAGCGCAUCUCAAGUUUUCUUUAGCUUCCUACACAUAGUAAAGCGCGAAAGUUGACCUGCUUUUUGCCGAGUCUGUCGAAUGUGGUAAGUGCAAAUAUGGUGCCAUUUCAACUCAAUAUCACAGAGAUGUGCCAACCGUGUGCUGCAGUGUCCUCUCUGUUUGGUAUCAUCGGAAUGAUUUAACAUGUACCAUCCGUUAACUUUUAUGUUUUCUUGGAAGAAAAUCGUAACUGAGCCAAGGCUUGAGCAGCUAAAUAAAAAAUGGGGUUUGGAAUGCUUUAGCCAUCUCAGAUCUCCCACAACAGAUUCCUCAUCUCUGUCCCCACCCUUACUUCAUUAGACCCUCCAAGUCAGGCCCUCUUCCUCCUUCUCAUACUAUCAGUUUUGGAAGGAUAGAUUUCAUGCUAUUAUCAUCGUAAUUUCCCUUCGUUAAGCCUACAAUCAACGUCAACAUCAAUUGACUCACCAUCUUUGACAGGUUCCAUUUAUCCGCAGAUAACUCACAAAUGCUAGUGCUAC